AUGGGGAAGAAAGUAAGCCAAACAUCACUGAAAAUAUCUAAGAAAGAGAAGAAUGAGUUUAACAGUUUGAUAAGUCUCUUGAGGCCUAAAGUCUACAUCACUGACAGCUCAAGCUUCAAGAGGCUUGUGCAAGACCUCACUGGCAAUGGAGCCUCAAAUCCAAACACUUCUUCCUCCUCACUGCACCCUCAGAAAAAACACAACUUGGUUGAUGAGGAGCAAAUCCCAGUUGUACAUAUUGUUGAUGAUCAGGAUCGGGAGGAUCAAGGAGACACUGAAGGCAGUUUGGAUGCGUCUAUCGACACGUCCACGCUUGAUGAUUAUUCCGAAUUGUGCAACCAAGUGUUUAUGAGUGAUCAAGAAUUCAACCAGUUAUGUUAUCAGAUAUAUUCAGAUGAUACAACAACAACAACAACAACAAAUUAUGAAGGUUCAACAGCAGACCAGUUAUUGGUGGAUGACAUGUUACCUUUUCAAGAUCUUGAGCCAUGGCUUUUGGACACUGAUCAUCCUUAUGAUCCUUUUUUCAACAAUGGUUUUGCUCAAAUUGAUCAGCAAGUCAGCAUAUAUGACUACGAGCUAUCGGGGCUACUAUCAUCGAAUUAA